AUGAAGGGAAAGCAGAGCAGCCUGGGCGACCAGACUGGAGCCGCCCAGGCGCACGCCAAUCCAGACUUCGGGCGCGUCGGUGGCCGAAAGCUGCCCCACGCCUGGCGGUCGCUGGAAGCCUGGCGCAGGCCCGCGCGUGGGCGCCAGCACAAGGCCUCCGCCCUUGCGGUCUGGUGUGGGCUGGUGUUGAGGCUGGCGUAUACGGGCCACCUGCGGCAUGCGGUUUUCGUGACAAUCGGCACAUCUGCCCAUUCGCGGCCCCUUCAUUGCUGGCAACUCGACGGCGCGACUUCGCGGCGCCUGCCAAGAGGGCCAACCGCCACUGUUCUCCGCUGA